AUGGUUUUGUGGCUGCCAUCUUUCUUGCAAGCAACAAAUACUUCUCGCAGCACUCAAAUCUUAGCCAAGCACAUUAAAAUCAAUAAUGAAUUAAAGCCUCAUAUUCCAGUUAAAGAAAUACUUGCUCAACGAUUUAAAAAUCAAAGAAUACAUGCAGUUUCUGUUGAUUAUGAUAGCUCUACAAAUUCUAAAACAAAAGUUCUCAAAGAUCCCGUCUGUUCUAAUGGUUUUGUGGCUGCCAUCUUUCAUGCUUAUAACAAUCAUCAACAUUUGCGCUUGAGUCCUGAUGAUGUUUGGCUUACAAUUGCUCAAGGUGUUAGUCGUCAUAUUAAUUAUAACGCUGAAAAAUUUCGUUCAAGAUUUGUUAAUCAUGAAGGAAAAAAAGAUAUUAAAGUAUGGGGCGGAGAUAUUUUAUACGAAACUUCUCAUAAUACUCUUGAAGGUGAUUGGGCAGAAAUUUUAAAUAGAUUGGUAGCGAAAGUUGAUGAAUGCGUAGAAAAAAUUGACCUAGCAGAGUUAUUAAUAUGUGAUUUUUCAACUACAACAACAAAUUCAUUGACGGCAAGUCGAAUUGUAUUAUUAGAUACUGUUAAGGCCUACUUUAGGUAUAUUGUGAUAUUGUCGUGUGGAAUUCCAAAAGUUACUCUUGAAGGCACUCUCGAAGAUUGGAUAAAAAUUCAAGAGAGAGUUAUACAAUUAAGAAAAUUAAAUUUAGAAUUGGAUUUUUGGCUGGAUCGUCUUGACCCUGUGAUUCGGAAUUUAGUAGCCACUUAUCGUGGUGAAAUUGAUGAAGACUUUUGGAGUAAGAUUAUUAAUAUACAUGUAAGCUAUGGUUCAGGAGGCGAUUCGCAUUCAUCUGUUACAGGAUGGAUUUUAGGUUUUUUUCCAUAUAAUAGUGGAGGAACAGCUAUACAUAGCAAUAGCUUAGGACUUGAUGAUUUUCCGCACGGCACUGUUGGAGUUCCUUUUAUUACUGAUUGUGGUCAUUCUUUAAAGUUUAUUGCUGGAUUUAUCGGCGCUAAUCAAGAAAUUUCUGGUGGUGAAGCGAUCGUUUCUCCUGUGAUUGGAUGGUCUAUUAUCGAUGAUGACUCUAAUGAUCCUCAAAGCGAAGAAAACGUUUGGAUUGCUGAAAAUAAAUGGAGAGACAAUCUUCUCCAGAAUGACUUUGAUUUACCGGUACUUGAUAUUAUAUGGGACGAAAAUAAUAACUCCAAGCCAUUUUGA